AUGUCAGAUACCCAGGCCCAACGGCCACAGCAACCAGCACAGGACGAAGGUGCAGGCUCUCAGAUAUGGAAUACAAUCCAAAAGGUGCUGCUUGUCUAUGCCGCGUCACAAUUGCUCACGGCUUUUCUCAAGUAUAAGCAACCAUCUAGUGGACCACCAACGCCUGGUUCAGUGCCUGUCCCGACUGACGCGUCUGGCAAUCCGGUCGAUCCAAUGACAUUGCCUUUAUUGCAAGCACUCCCUGCUUGGAGCACGAACCAAAACGUCUCAGUACACGUGUACUUUUCAACUUCUCCGAUUGGAGACGUGUUUGGCGUCGUGAACAGGAAGAACUGGGGCCAAGAAGAAACUGGUGGGUUUCCUCAUUGGACCUGGGACAAUGUAGAGUUUGGAAAUUGGGACUAUGAACUAAGGAAAGAUGUCGAGAUUGAAAUACCGAUGGCCGUUCGACGCAACAUCUCCUCACUAUGGGCAGACAUAUUCUUGACAAAAGAUGGUGCAAAUCCAAAUCCUACCAAGCCUGGAUAUAUACCGGGUUCUGUUCACCACGUUCGGAAGAUGCUCACAAGAUACCGAAAGAAGCCCAAAGUUCGCAAGGAGCACAACUUGCUAUCAUCCAAGGACGAAAAGCCCGUCGAAGAGGAAGAGGACAAUACACCAGGAAUUAUAGCACCAUAUUGGCAUCCCAAUCUUACGCUUGCCCUUAUUUCCGAUUCUCCUAGUCUAAAUCUUCAGCAAAUGGCUCCAGCGGUUGUCCCUCACAUUCAUAUCACCGGAGAACGAGAUGAGACCAAGCGGAACACCUUUUACAUGCCCAUCAUCUACCCAAACGACUUUUGGCAUCUCCGGGAACAAGAAUUUGAGAUCAAUACAACCUAUCCUGCUGAUCCCAAGGAAAAGCUGGUCAUGCCACUCACAAUCAACUUUCAUCCGAUGUCGUACACAAAGAUGCAAAUCUACGCGAGUAUAGGCUUUGGAUUCGAAGAAGCGUCAAAGAAUGGCCAAUCUGCUGGAGAACUCGACGAAAUUAAGCGAAUGCUUGUCGAGACUAAUCCUUGGUACUUGGCCCUGACGGCGACUGUCAGCAUCCUUCACGUGAUAUUCGAGAUGCUGGCUUUCAAAAACGACGUUUCUCAUUGGAGAAAGAAAGAAGAGCUGGUUGGAGUGUCUGUCCGCACGAUUGUGACCAACGUCUUUAUUCAACUCAUCAUUCUUCUUUAUCUGCUGGACAACAAUGCAGAGACCUCUUGGAUGAUCGUCUUUGGUCAAGGAAUGGGCAUGGUUAUCGAGGCAUGGAAGGUUACAAAGGCUGUGGACGUCAAGCUUGUAAGAGCACCGGCCGGCUCGACACUUCCCUACAAACUCGAGAUCAAGGACAAGCAUAUCCUUACCGAGGAAGAGAAAAAGACUCAACAGUAUGAUAAAGAGGCCUUCCGCUAUGUUUCCUAUGCUGUUGGACCUCUUCUCAUUGGCUACACCAUCUACUCGCUUGUCUACGAAAGUCACAAGGGCUGGUACAGCUUUGUCAUUUCAACGCUUACCUCCUUUGUAUACAUGUUUGGCUUUAUUCAACUCAAAUCUGUCGCACAUAUGCCGAUUAAGGCAAUGAUCUACAAGACGCUCAGUACAGUUGUCGAUGAUUUCUUUGCGUUUGCCAUUCGCAUGCCCCUCCUUCAUCGACUUGCCUGCUUCAGAGACGAUGUCGUGUUCCUCAUUUUCCUAUACCAGGCAAGUCCAGGAUAA